CGUCAUUUUGGGACUCAGAGUAUGCAACAAGUUUUGAGGCACACGAGAGCAGAAUAGAUGGCCUCGCUCACGAUGGGUUCGGGACUCGUUGUUGAAUCGCGUGGCUUGCUUGGGCACUCCCCAGCACAACGACAAGCCUUGAAACCAUGCAUAGCUACAUUCGGCCGGAAGUGGCAUCCUAGAGCAACAGCAGCGGGUGCUUCUCGCGGAGCCCAGGACGCAUGCAUCGGCCGCUAUGCAGCAAGCUCACGGAAAAUCGUGUGCCAGGCAUCAAGCACUCCAGUACCAUACAAUAACAACAGUCCCCGCAGCCCCGAGGUGUUCUCCGCUGCCGGCAACGGUGUGUUUGUCCUCAUGCUGCUAUGCGUGCUGGUGUUCAUUGCCGAUAACCUCCUUCACCUGCCGGGCAUGAGCCUGCUGCACCUCAACCACUACAAGCCGCAGUGGUGGCAGUGGGGCACACACUUGUUUUGCCACGCCAACUUCGCACAUCUGAGCGGCAACCUGUUCAACCUCUGCGUGUUCGGCAAGAUGGUCGAGGAGACUGAGGGCGCAGUCGGCGUCUCGCUUGCCUUCUUAGUUUGCGGCAUCGGUGCUGCCAUCGCCGCGUUCUUCCUCACGCCUGCACUGGCGCACGGUCGAAUCACCGUAUCCGUUGGCGCAUCAGGCGCGAUCUUCGGCCUGUUCGCAGUGAGUGUGGCCACGCGGCUGCGCUGGAAUCUGAAGCAGCUGCUGGAGGCGGCGGUGCUGGGGCAGUUUGUGGUGCGGCAGGUGCUGGAGGAAGCCAAGAACCAGGCCACGGGGGGUCUGGUGCUGGGCGGCCUGGCUGUGAGCCACGUGGCGCACCUGGCCGGCGCGGCGGUGGGCGUGGCGCUAGUGCUGGCGCUGUCCAAGCUGCCGCCCGCAUGAGCUGGGCACAGAGGCAGUGGUGGGUCACCUACCCAUGGCAACGGUUCUGGGGUGCAACACGUGAUCGGCUAUCUGCCACUGUGCCACCCUUUACCUGUACCAGCACAUACCCAUGGCAGAGCGGCGCAGCGAGCUGGGAUGCUGGGAUUGCUUGGUGUGUGAUGGGACAGCCCAUACCCUAAGCAGACGGCAAACAGUUUGCAGCGGCAGAGCAGAAGUGCAUGGCUGGGAUUGCUUGGUGUGGCGGUGGCAGAGUAUAUAGAGCCGCACGUUUCUAGCAGGCAUUGUGGCCCGGUGGAGUGUGAUGGCCAGGCGGAGUGCGCAGGAGACCCGCAGUAGCCCCGCAGUAGCCCCGCAGGAUAGACGUGACAAGCAGCAGUUACACAGGCUUAGCAUAGUGGAAUGCGGGGCCGUUAGGGGGUGGAGAUGAUCAGCUGGUCGCAAUAGGGUAUUGCUGGAAGGCGGCGUAAAGCGCUGACAAGAUUGUAGCCCGGUAGAGUUUGGUUUGCAGUCGGGGGGAAGGGGCUGAGGUGUACGACCGGCGGCGGUGCUGCGGCAAGUGUAUGACAAAAGUAGUAGGUAAGCCAGUGGCCUGGCGGUGGUGCGGAUGGAGUGGGCCAGUGGCUGUGUGAUGGGACAGUGGCAAGGCAAGUUGAUAAAGUCCCGUAGGGUGCAGCUGAUUCCCAGAACCCAACAAAUGGCAUAUAAUUGGCAGCGGCAGGGCAAGAGUGCGCGGCUGGGCCAGUGGCUGGCAGGUCCAUCAACACCCA